CACCGUUCAUCAACGUCGACAGAGAGCGAAGCAGGAGCGUAGGCGCCCAAUGUCCGACAAAGGUGGCAGAGAUAUCCGUGAAAGCAUCCCUGGCCGCGAUCUCGCACCCGAUGGACGGGUCUGACCCUAGGACACGGAGGGUCGAGGCAGGACAAGAUGAGCUCAAGGUCUAGCAGAUGCGGGAAAAGGGAUCGAGGAAAAGUUCUAUAUUUGUUUGUUUGCUCAAGACGGACAUGAUGUUGGGUGUACUCGGCGCUAGAUUCGGGUCUAUUGAGAUCUAGCGUGUGUUUGUAGGAGGGCGAUCCCCCUUGUGGGUGCACGGGCAAGCUUGCCAAGCGCACUCGUUAUUGUCAAGGUCUUGUGCCAACCGUGUCUCAGAAGUCUCUGACGACAAGCACCCGCUGCCCUACACGUGAUUUUCUGUAUAUAAAACACAACCUGGUAGGCUGUAGACUGGUAUUUAGUAGUAGUAUAUAUAUAGCAGUAUUAUAGUAGCAGUAAUAGUAGAGUAGGAGAAGUAGUAGUAGUAAAUAGUGGUCGUGGUCCCUUUUCAAGUACCGUUGACUCGUUUAUCGCAAACACAGCAGUGUUAAGGUGUGGGGGGCGCCUUCAGACAGUUAGUGUGAUUUACACAGAGAGGGAGAGUGGUGUUCAUUGUUGGCUAGAGAGGGCGAAGGGGUGGUGUUCAUCAUCAUC